AUGCCUGAUCCUGAACAGGACCUUGUUAGUUUGCCUAGAAAAUGGCAACUGGAGCCAGAACAGGAGUUUCGGUUUGAAGUCGCUCCUGGAUCAAAGUUCAAAGGGACCGUAAAACUUGUAUCUGGUCGAGCAGAGAUCUUUGGAUCUGAACUCGCUGUGGGAUUGUUUACUGUAGAAUACAUUGGAUACGAAACGCCCAUGCAAAGUUAUUUGAAUGUGCAUUUGGCACUUGAAGGAAUGCGUGAUGCUGCUCAAUUAAAAAAUGAAUCUGGUCCUAGAGUGAUUAUUGUUGGCCAGGCAGACUCGGGAAAAACUGCCUUGGCCAAGCUUUUAAUCAACUUUGCUGCCAAGCAAUCUCGUGCUCCUGUUUUUGUGGAUCUCGAUCCAAGUCAAGGCACGGUUUCGCUUCCAGGAACACUGAGCGCCAUGGUUGUUGGUCGUCCGCUUGAUUGCGAAGAAGAGUUUGGUGCACCAUUGACAGUCGCUGGUACCACACCGCUUGUAUACUAUCAUGGUCAAGCUACACCACUUGAAAAAAUCUCACUCUACAAUUCAAUCGUCAAGAAACUGAGUUUGGUGGUAGACAAAAAACUCGAAUCUUCAGAAAACAAAGCUUCUGGGUUAAUUGCAGAUACACCAAGCCAGUUUGCCGAUCCGAAUGGGUUUGAGCACCUCAAUCACACAAUCGAGGCAUUAAAAGCCAAUGUGAUUUUGGUUAUUGGGCAUGAGAGAUUAUAUAGCGACCUGUUUAGAAAGUACAGUGACAAGCCCGGCAUGAAUGUAGUUAAACUCAACAAAUCGGGCGGUGUUGUUACACGAGACAAGGAAAUUCGACGCAAAAUGCAAAUGCAGCGAGUCAAGGAAUACUUUUAUGGAACGCAUAAAACAGAAAUGAUGCCAUUUUCACAAACUGUUCCCUUUUCUGAAGUCGUUGUGCGUCGAGUUGGUGAAGGUAUCUUGGCACCAUCUUCUGCUUUACCACUUGGUACGGAACGGAAACAACAGGAUACCAAAUACGUAAAAGUUGAGCCUGGAGACAUUCUUCUUCAUUCAAUCCUUGCCCUAUCUCAGGCCCCGCUUCCUGGUGUGGUUGGCCCAAGUGGUCUUCCUACCAAGAUCUACACACCAGAGGAAGAAUCUCAAACUCUGCUGGAAUCGAAUGUUGCAGGAUUUAUUUACAUUUCAGAAGUGGAAGAUGAGCGUCGGAAAAUGACUGUUCUGGCUCCAUCUCCAGGAAAGAUUCCCAAGCAGUUUUUGAUUAUGGGUACAUUAAAGUGGAUGGAUAUUUAA